GAAUGGUGGUAUUGAGAAGUGAGCGAACCCAAUCAAAACUGAAACCAACUCUCCAUUAAAAUUGUUGUCAAAUCCCACUUAAUACAACAGCUCAAAGCGUUUCGUCUCUCUCUCUCUCUCUCUCUCUUCUGGUUCAUUUUUCAUUUUCUGUUCUUUGUAGCCUUUCAUUUGUUCCUUUCGUUGGUGGGUUGAAUUGGGUUGCAACAAUAAAAGGCUCUUCACAAGUGUGCAUAUACAUAAUAUAUAUAUACAUAUUUGGUGUUUCUCAUCUUGGGUUUGAGUUUCAGCUGAAAAAAAUACGCUGCUCUGUCUCUUGGGUUUCAAAAGGCACAGUUUGACUUACACCCCGUGUCUGACUUUGUCCUACUUAUUGACAAUGGGAGGUGUAAUGGGAAAGGAUGGUUCAGCUCAUAUAACAGAAUCAAAGCUCGGGACCAAAAUAGUUGAAGCUAUGCAACGGAGAGCAUCAGAAGGAACUCACAUGAAAUCGUUUAACAGCAUAAUAUUGAAAUUCCCCAAGAUUGAUGAGAGCUUCAGAAAAUGCAAAGCUAUAUUCGAGCAAUUCGAUGAGGAUAAAAAUGGAGCAAUAGAUCCCCAAGAAUUAAAGUGCUGUUUUCGUAAACUGGAGAUUAAUUUUUCAGAGGAGGAAAUCAAUGAUCUCUUUGAGGCAUGUGAUAUCAAUGAGGAUAUGGGAAUGAAAUUCAGUGAGUUCAUUGUGCUUCUCUGCCUUGUCUAUCUUCUGAAGGAGGAUCCCACUGCCACUCCUGCUGUAUCCAAAAAAUCACGGAUGGGGAUGCCAAAUUUGGAGGCUACAUUCGAAACGUUGGUUGACACAUUUGUGUUCCUGGACAAGAACAAAGACGGCUAUGUAAGCAAGAGUGAGAUGAUCCAAGCAAUAAAUGAAACAACUUCAGGGGAACGUUCAUCUGGACGGAUAGCCAUGAAACGAUUUGAAGAGAUGGACUGGGAUAAGAAUGGAAUGGUGAACUUCAAGGAAUUUCUUUUUGCUUUCACUCGUUGGGUUGGAAUCGAUGACAUUGAGGAUGAAGAAGGGGAGGAGAACAUUUGAAUCAGAUUUUUCGGGCAUCUUCAUCCAUCUCCCAUCUCCAGCUGUGCUUGGGAUAAAACGGCAGCUAACUUUCUGAUAGCAGAUACAUUCCUGCUUCUGCAAUAAUGGUGAAGUUAAUAUAAACCUGCAGGAUCAAAUCAUACUUCCACUUCCCCUCCAAAAAAAAAAAAAAAAAAUGGAAGAAGUUUGUAAUGUAAAUAGUGUGGGUUACUAUUAAUAAGACAGAACACACUUAUUUGCAUUCCUGAUAUUGUGUAAUGUUCUGUAGUUUAUUCUUAAUUCCAUGCCUUUAUAGUGUCUAUUCAGCAAAAUGUCCUAGAGAGAAUCGCAAGUGAUGGCAAAAGGCCACAUUUGUUCACAGCUACAAUAUUGCUUGAUAGGAGAACUUCAACUUGCAAGCAUUAGAGUGCUGUGGCAGAUACUUGUUGGUGCUGUGGCAGAUACUUGUUGGAUACGGCUAGAAGUAUCCUGAAAAUUGAAUAUUUUAUUUUCUAAUUAGACAUGGUUGGGAUACAA